UCUCCUUGAAAAAACAAAAUUUCAACCUUUUGAAGCAUUGUGCUAGAUCUUCAGCAGGACAAUGGGUUCAGACAAACGAGUGAGUAGAACAGAGCGUAGUGGAAGGUACGGUUCCAUCAUAGACAGAGAUGACCGUGAUGAGCGUGAAUCCAGAAGCCGGCGGAGGGACUCAGAUUACAAAAGAUCUAGUGAUGAUCGGAGGGGUGAUAGAUACGAUGACUACCGAGACUAUGACAGUCCAGAGAGGGAGCGUGAAAGAAGAAACAGUGACCGAUCAGAAGAUGGCUACCAUUCAGAUGGUGACUAUGGUGAGCAUGACUACAGGCACGACAUCAGUGACGAGAGGGAGAGCAAGACCAUCAUGCUGCGUGGCCUUCCCAUCACCAUCACAGAGAGUGAUAUUCGAGAAAUGAUGGAGUCCUUUGAAGGCCCUCAGCCUGCGGACGUGAGGCUGAUGAAGAGGAAAACAGGUGUAAGCCGUGGUUUCGCCUUCGUGGAGUUUUAUCACUUGCAAGAUGCUACCAGCUGGAUGGAAGCCAAUCAGAAAAAGUUGGUGAUUCAAGGAAAGCACAUUGCAAUGCAUUACAGCAAUCCCAGACCGAAGUUUGAAGAUUGGCUUUGUAACAAGUGCUGCCUUAACAAUUUCAGGAAAAGACUAAAAUGCUUCCGAUGUGGAGCCGACAAGUUUGACUCUGAACAGGAAGUACCCCCUGGAACCACAGAGUCAGUUCAGUCUGUGGAUUACUACUGUGAUACAAUCAUUCUUCGGAACAUAGCUCCGCACACUGUGGUGGAUUCCAUCAUGACAGCGCUGUCUCCCUACGCAUCCUUAGCUGUCAAUAAUAUUCGCCUUAUAAAAGAUAAACAGACCCAGCAGAACAGAGGCUUCGCGUUUGUGCAGUUGUCUUCUGCAAUGGAUGCUUCCCAGCUGCUUCAGAUACUACAGAGUCUCCAUCCUCCUCUGAAAAUUGAUGGCAAAACUAUUGGCGUUGAUUUUGCAAAAAGUGCAAGAAAAGACUUGGUCCUCCCAGAUGGUAACCGAGUCAGUGCCUUCUCUGUGGCUAGUACAGCCAUCGCUGCUGCUCAGUGGUCAUCCACCCAGUCUCAAAGUGGAGAAGGAGGCAAUGUUGACUACAGUUACCUGCAGCCUGGCCAAGACGGCUAUGCCCAGUAUGCUCAGUACUCACAGGACUACCAGCAGUUUUAUCAGCAACAGGCUGGUGGAGGAUUAGAAUCUGAUCCAUCAUCUGCAUCAGGCACAGCAGUGACGACCACCUCAGCAGCUGUUGUAUCCCAGAGUCCCCAGCUGUAUAAUCAAACCUCCAAUCCACCCGGCUCUCCGAAUGAGGAAGCACAGCCUAGCACUAGCACAAGUACACAGGCCCCAGCUGCUUCCCCCACUGGUGUAGUUCCUGGUAACAAAUAUGCAGUACCUGAUACAUCCACUUACCAAUAUGAUGAGUCUUCAGGAUAUUACUAUGAUCCAACAACAGGACUCUACUAUGACCCCAACUCGCAGUACUACUAUAAUUCAUUAACCCAGCAAUACCUUUACUGGGAUGGAGAGAAAGAAACCUAUGUGCCAGCUGCAGAUUCUGGCUCCCACCAGCAGACAGGCCUGCCUCCUGCAAAAGAGGGGAAGGAGAAGAAGGAGAAACCCAAGAGUAAAACGGCCCAACAGAUUGCCAAAGACAUGGAACGCUGGGCUAAGAGUUUAAACAAGCAGAAAGAAAAUUUUAAAAAUAGCUUUCAGCCUGUCAAUUCCUUGAGAGAAGAAGAAAGGAGAGAAUCUGCUGCAGCAGAUGCUGGCUUUGCUCUCUUUGAAAAGAAGGGAGCCUUAGCUGAAAGACAACAGCUUAUCCCAGAAUUGGUACGAAACGGAGAUGAGGAGAAUCCCCUGAAAAGGGGCUUGGUUGCUGCUUACAGUGGUGACAGUGACAAUGAGGAGGAGCUGGUAGAAAGACUUGAGAGCGAGGAAGAGAAGCUGGCUGACUGGAAGAAGAUGGCCUGCCUGCUCUGCCGACGCCAGUUCCCAAACAGAGAUGCCCUAGUCAGGCAUCAACAGCUCUCAGACCUGCACAAGCAAAACAUGGACAUCUACCGACGAUCCAGGCUGAGCGAGCAGGAGCUGGAAGCUUUGGAACUGAGGGAGAGAGAGAUGAAAUACCGAGAUCGAGCUGCAGAAAGACGGGAGAAGUAUGGCAUUCCAGAACCUCCAGAGCCCAAGCGCAAGAAGCAGUUUGAUGCUGGCACUGUGAAUUAUGAACAACCUACCAAAGAUGGCAUUGAUCACAGUAACAUUGGCAACAAGAUGCUGCAGGCCAUGGGCUGGCGGGAAGGCUCAGGGCUGGGAAGGAAGUGUCAAGGUAUCACAGCCCCCAUUGAGGCUCAAGUUCGGCUAAAAGGAGCUGGCCUAGGAGCCAAAGGCAGUGCGUAUGGCUUGUCAGGUGCUGAUUCCUACAAAGAUGCUGUCCGGAAAGCCAUGUUUGCCCGGUUCACUGAGAUGGAGUGAGACUGAAGGAGAGAACGAGAGCUUGACACGGAGCUCCAAGAAGUACAAGAAGUGGUCCGUCUCCUGAAUUC